GCUUCCCCAUAGAGAACACUUCCCUUGACUUUCCCCUAAAAAUUUGUGGGAAAAAUAACUUUGUUCAAAGAGUGUGUCUAUGUUAGCAUUUCUUUUCCAACACAAGAAACGCUGAUGUAGAACUUUUUUUCGGAAUGGGAACCACUUCCCCAAAAUUAUUAGAGGGAGAUUGUUUUCAUUUCUCUCAGCAAGCGGCGUACCUCCGCCGUCGGCUUAGAGAUACCUCUUCUCAAAUCAUCAAUUGGCAUGCCCUUCGACACUAGCCAGUAGCCACACUAGCAACGUUGUCUCUUCUCUCUCGCCGAGCAGCAGCCAUGGAGAGGGAGAAGACCAUCAAGAAAUCUUCUGCUAUUUCUUUGCAACAGUUCGUAUCAAUCAUGGCUCCCUUAAUCGAUAUGGAAAAGGAAGCCGAAAUAUCAGCUUCUGUCAUUUCAGGCUCAUCGAGAAGUCUAGAUGCUGCUCAAAAGAAGGGCUCCACCAUUCUUAAUCUGAAGUGUGUUGACGUCCAGACAGGGUUAAUGGGGAAGACUCUUCUGGAGUUUCAAUCUACUAAGGGAGAUGUUCUUCCUGCUCACAAGUUUGGAACUCAUGAUGUAGUUAUUCUAAGACCAAACAAGUCUGAUUUAGGGUCUCCUUCCCUUGGACAAGGUGUGGUUUAUCGCCUAAAGGACUCGUCUAUCACUGUUGCUUUUGAUGAUAUUCCAGAAGAGGGUUUAAACAACCCUCUACGUCUUGAGAAAGUUGCAAAUGAGGUAACGUAUCGUAAGAUGAAGGAUGCCUUAAUACAAUUGAGCAAAGGCAUUCAAAAGGGACCUGCAGCUGAUCUAAUUCCUGUAUUAUUUGGAGAGAAUCCACCUUCUGUGUCAAAGAAGGCUGUCUCAUUCACUCCAUUCAACUCCAACCUUGAUCACUCUCAGAAAGAUGCCAUUUCAAAGGCCCUCUCAUCCAAGGAUGCAUUUCUGCUGCAUGGGCCUCCAGGAACUGGAAAGACUACAACAGUGGUGGAAAUUAUCUUACAAGAAGUGAAACGUGGAUCAAAGAUUCUUGCCUGUGCUGCUUCCAAUAUUGCUGUUGAUAACAUUGUUGAGCGACUUGUGUGUCAUAGAGUAAAGUUGGUCAGAUUGGGGCAUCCUGCACGCUUACUACCUCAAGUUUUGGACAGUGCACUUGAUGCACAGGUUUUACGAGGGGAUAACAGUUCACUUGCAAAUGACAUUCGCAAGGAAAUGAAGGCUCUGAAUGGGAAGCUAUUGAAAACCAAAGAUAAAAAUGCAAAGAGGGACAUUAGGAAGGAGCUUAGAACUCUUUCCAAGGAAGAGAGGAAAAGGCAGCAGCUAGCGGUGACAGAUGUAAUAAAAAAUGCAGAUGUGGUAUUGACAACUUUAACCGGUGCAUCCUCUCAGAAGCUUGAGAAUACCUCAUUUGAUCUGGUUAUUAUUGAUGAAGCUGCCCAGGCACUAGAGAUAGCAUGCUGGAUUGCUUUGCUAAAGGGAUCAAGAUGUAUUCUGGCAGGGGACCAUCUUCAGCUUCCCCCAACUGUACAGAGUGUUGAAGCAGAGAAGAAAGGCCUAGGCAGGACCCUUUUUGAACGCCUUGCAGGCCUGCAUGGAGACGAAGUCACAUCUAUGCUCACUGUCCAGUACCGCAUGCAUGAGCGUAUAAUGGGCUGGUCAUCCAAAGAGCUAUAUGAUAGUAAGAUAAAAGCCCAUCCAAGUGUUGCUGGACAUAUGCUAUAUGAUCUCGAGGAUGUAAAGAGGACGUCUUCAACAGAACCAACACUUGUUCUUGUAGACAUAGCUGGGUGUGACAUGGAAGAAAAAAAAGAUGAGGAAGACAGCACAAUGAAUGAGGGUGAAGCUGAGGUUGCUAUAGCCCAUGCAAAAAGGCUUGUUCAGAGUGGGGUCCGUCCAUCUGAUAUUGGCAUAAUCACCCCUUAUGCUGCUCAGGUUGUCUUGCUAAGGAUUCUGAGAAGCAAAGAUGACAAACUAAAAGAGGUGGAAAUCUCUACUGUUGAUGGCUUCCAAGGUCGGGAAAAAGAAGCCAUUAUCAUUUCCAUGGUCCGGUCAAACUCAAAGAAAGAGGUGGGAUUUCUUAGUGACCGCAGGCGAAUGAAUGUGGCUGUGACGCGUGCAAGGAGACAGUGUUGUCUUAUCUGUGACACAGAGACUGUGAGCAGUGAUAGGUUCUUGAAGCGAUUGAUUGAGUAUUUUGAGGAACAUGGUGAGUAUUUGAGUGCAUCAGAGUAUGGGAAUGAAUGAGCCUCCAGUGUGAGACCAUAACCACAACACAGAACUCACCAUCUGACUGCCGAUGAUGGAGGCCCCUUGCUUGUAAAGCAGGCGUUUGGAUUGGUGGAUAUUGGGCAUCUUUUUCCUCAUGAAAAUACAGAAUUGAAGAUACCUGGAUGAACCUAUAGAACAAUGCCAGGGCAUCUAUAGAAUAUGAUCAAACUUUUUAGCAGGAACUAUGAUUAACACUGCCCUCAUUUGUCCACAAGUUCUUCCUGUAAUUCUUUCUCAUAUGACUUUGGGAAAAAAAAGGGAAGGUUGGCCUUGUUAACUGCUCAUGUCAGCAGUGUAAUCAUAUUUAUUUUUGGGGGAAUGAAUCAUUGGUGCAGCUUGCUUCCAUGUAUCAUUUUUUAUUGAGAGUUCAAAAUACUGAUCAUCACUUUUCCGUUCAA